AUGGGAAAUAAUAAUAGUCUUGGCGGUGGUAAUGCACUGCGAAAACAUGUGGAGACAGCGACGAAAACCGGUGUACUGCAGUAUGAUAAUCGAAAACUGAAAGAAGUCGAUCCUAGCCUUUGUUUGCCUGGCUUACGUACACUAUCGUUAAAUGAUAAUGAACUUCAGACAAUUCCGUCGCAAAUCGGCUUGAUGGUUAAUCUAAAAAAUCUAAGUCUUCGAAACAAUCAACUAAAUCAAUUACCGGAUUGUUUUAGUCAACUGAAAAAACUGGAAAAUAUUCAAUUAGGUCAAAAUCAACUCUGUACACUACCAACAUCAUUUGCGAAUCUAAGCGGCUUACGACAAUUGACUCUAUGCAACAAUAAGUUUACAACUAUACCUGAUUCAUUACUGAAAUUAAGCAAUUUACAGCUGCUCGAUCUUUCGGGAAAUCAAAUCACUGAAAUACCUGAUCAGAUUCAAACGCUGCAAGUCGAUGAACUCAAUCUGAAUGAUAAUCGAAUCACAAAAAUUUCUGAUCAUAUACGUUUAUGUCCUCGUCUGAAGACGUUACGUCUUGACAGAAAUCAUCUCCUGCUCGAUAUAAUUCCAGUUGGUUUAUUAACUGAUUCCAAUCUAUCAUUACUGUCAUACGAAGGAAAUCGAUUUGAUGAAAAAGCAUUUCAAGGCAAGGAAGGAUAUGAUCAAUACAUGCAGCGUUUCACCGCUAAUCGUCGAAAACUUGAAUAA